AUGAUGGCGAUAUGGAUGUUUUGUCGUCGUUAUUUUUUCGACUACGAGCAAUAUGAUAACGACGAAGAAUUAAAUAUGCGAGAAGGAUCAUAUGAUACUCUAGUGCGUCGUUAUAUUAGAAUUCUUAUCAUAGAAAUUCAAUUGGGAUUUAUUUAUUUAAUUGCUGCUCUAGUUUCGACAUACACAUUGAACAUCGGUCGAAUUACUCGAAUGAGAAUGAAACGCUGGAUAAUUGAAGGUUUUUGUGCUCCAGUAACAAUAUAUAUUUUUUGGUAUGUUAACGAUGUGCAGCGUUCUGGUGAACAUAUUUACGAGUGUAAUCGUGCAGCUUAUAUUCAAUUUACAAGCACAAUCAAAAUGAUUAUAUUUAUGUUUGUACGUUAUACGGAAUUAUAUCCAUUGCCAAGGCUAAAUAACGGGCCAAUCUCGAUUUUCUACCGUGUUUGCAAUGAAUCUGAUUUACAAUAUAUGCAUGAAUAA